AUGGUGGAGGGCCUGGUCUCCUUCAUCACCACCAGCGUCAGGGGGGAGCAGCUGGAGCGCCUGUUUGUGCAGCCCUAUGCAGUGGUGGCCAUCCUGAGGUCCCUGCCGCCGCUAGCCCGCCACAUGCUGCUCCGCCUCGCCAGCACCGCCGGCACCGUCCCUGCAGGCAAGCGCACUCUGGCUGACAGCUGGGCGACUUCAGACGGGAGUAGCAAGCUUUCGGCAGCACUAUGUGAGCUGGCUGAGUUGGGCCUGCUCGCCAAGGAGCCACAUGACGGGCAGGUUACAUACACAGUGAAUGCCGGCUUUCAGGCCCAGCUGCGGCGCACCAUGUGUAGCGGGUGCGCAUGCCCGCUGCCCGGGCAUCCAGCAGCGCCUGUACCAUCCGCGGCUGAACUGGAUGCUUAUGCGCGACGGCAAUGGGAGGCGCUGCUGCUGUAUCUUGUGAAUGGCAACGGCACGCCGCCCAUGGCACCGCCGGUGCUGCAUGCAACGCCCAUCGACAUCCCCAGCCUGCUGGCUGCCGCGGGGCUGAUGGUCAAAGACGAGUGCACACUAGAGCAGAAAAUCACUGAGCACGGCUUUCAAUUCCUGCUGGCCAACCUGUACAGCCAGCUGUGGAGCGCGGUGCGGCAGUACUUGACGCUCCUAAACACGGCGGGGGGCGCGGAUCUGGCUGUGGCCAUCAACUUCCUGCUGCGCCUAGGCCUGCAGGGGGCAGCCGCAGCCAUGGCCCACAGCCAGCUGGACAGCGCCGAGCGUACCAUUGCAGCACACAUGUGCCAGCUGGGGCUUCUGAUGCCUGUGCCAGGCGCCAACGAACUGUGGCUGCAUCCCACGCGCCUUGCUGCGGUGCUGGCGGGUGGUGGCAGGGCGGGAGAGGCUGCGGUUGCGCCAGAGGAGGGCUACGUCAUUGUGGAGUCCAAUUUCAGGGUGUAUGCGUACACCACCUCGGCGGUGCAGGUGGCGGUGCUUCGCGUGUUUGUGCGCUGCGAUGCGCUGCUGCCCAACCUGUUUGUGGGCACCAUCACGCGCGAGUCGGCCACCAAUGCGCUGGACACGGGCAUCGCUGCCGACCAAGUGGUGGCCUUCCUGCGCCAGCACGCCCACCCGCGCGCCGCCGCCAAGACGCCCACCGUCGUCACCGACCAGAUCCGGCUGUGGGCGCAGGAGCUGAAGCGGCUGCAGGAGAAGAAUGCAACGCUGUAUGACAAGUUUGAGAGCAAAGAGUUGUAUGUGGGGGCGGUGGCACAUGCGCGCCAGCUGAAUGCGCUGCUGUACAGCUGCGAGGAUCGGCGGCAGCUGGUAGUGGAGUCUGCCUUCCACGGCCUCAUGGUGGGGCACCUGAAGGAACGCAAGCAGGCGCUGGGCCUCUGA